GCUACAGUUGGGGCGUAACAAUGCUAACUUAAAUUGCAGAAUACCCAGCCACUCUAAAAUAAAUGACUGAGAAGAGUGUGACACUGGCUAUGAGGUUGAUAAUGCGGGGUGGCGGGGUAUUCUGCAAUUGAGCCCUAACAAACUUAUUAUCAGAUCACACGAAUGUACUUGUACAUUGUUUGCAAAUGCUAUUUCAUCAUAGUCUGAGGUACGUGACUAUAAACAUGGAGAUAAAAGUUUUGAUAGUGCCAUGCUAUAAAUUGGCAGCAUCACAGUAUGGCAGACCCAAACCUUAACUUUUCAAGCAUAAAUGCUCGAAAAUGAAAACAUUACAAUCAUGACAAUUUGUAAGCCUAGGCCAAGUAAGGCCUACUAAGUAUGCAGACAUGACAGAAAAAUAAACUGGAUGAAUGCCAUCCUAAACUCUUUCCCUUCUGCCUCAAUUAACUGUGUCAAAAGAAAUAUUAGGUGACUUGUUUCCAUUUUCACACUGGUGGCCGAUCAGCCAACUUGACCCUUGAAACGGCUGGGCCGGUUUGGGCAUUGGGCCUACCAUGCCUUCAUCAUUUUCAUGUGCAUGUACCCAGGUACCAGUCUAGUUCAGCUCACAAUGACAAGCUGCACUCUCACUAGUCUCAGGCUGCUUGGGUACAAAAUGCCGAAGAAAAGUCUCCCUUGGAACUGAACGGAGACUUCAAACAGCGCUCAUACCGAGAGGGAAAUACUGAGGACCUCAUCACAGCUCUUACUUAGCCUCAAGAAAUCUUGGAGAAGUUUGUCGGGCUCUUUUCCUUGCGCGGGAUACGGCAACAACGCCAACCACACUUCGUUCUAAAAUGGCAGUUCAUCUCAUUUGGUUCUUGCUGGUCUUCGCUCAAGUUGGUGCCCUCGUUUUUGACGAAAGAUCUAAGAACCCCAAUAUCUCUGACUAUGAAGUGGAUGUGGAAGCCCAAUAUCCGAUCUAUGUCACUGAUGAGCGAUUCCUUUCUGUGACAAUUGGCGUUUGUAUACUGAACGACCACUGGAAGAACUUUAACUUGAGUUCGGCAAAAUUGCAGGCGCUGACGCGGGCCCUGUCGCCAGCUUAUUUACGUCUGGGAGGCACGGCGGAAGAUUUCCUUGUCUUCAAAAAUCCGUGCGGCGGCAAGCCGUCUGGUUUUGACGUUGAUGUUAACAACCCACUGACGUACUUUUGCCCUGAAGACUGGGACGGGAUCAAUCGUUUCUGCGUUGACACGGGGUUGCGAUUAAUCUUCGGGCUAAACCUGUUGCUAAGAACAGAGGAAGGAGGAUGGGACCCUGGAAAUGCCGAGAAACUUUUCGAUUACAAUAAGUACGACGUGGCCUGGGAACUAGGCAAUGAGCCAAACGCUUUCAAGAAAAAAAUCAACAUGAGUUUGUCCGGGAGCCAGAUUGGUGUUGAUUUCAACAUGCUCCGCAAGGCCCUCAAUGAUCGAUCCCAGUAUGUCGGCGCUGCUGUGUACGGGCCCGACAUUAGUGGUGUCGGCAGGGAAAAGACAACCGCCUUGCUGAAGGGAUUUCUUUCAAAGACAAACACCACGAAUGCCACCACGUUUCACAGCUACUACCUCGACGGCAGGGAAGCCACUGUAGACGAUUUCCUCAACCCGAAAACCCUCGACGGUCUGCUCCCAGGUCAGAUCAAGCUGGUGAAGUCCGUGGUAACCGAGUCCCGUGGGCCAGGGUCGCAGGUCUGGCUGGGUGAAACGGGCAGUGCCUUCGGGGGCGGAGCGCCGAAUAUCUCCGACAGAUUCGUUGCUGGGUUUCUAUUUCUAGACAAACUUGGGAUGAGUGCUAAGAUGGGACUCGGCGUGGUGUUGCGACAAGCGUACUACGGUGGUCAUUAUACCAUGCUGGACCUCGAAAACCUGGACCCAAAACCGGAUUAUUGGAUUGCCUACAUUUACAAGCAGCUGGUCGGUCCGAGAGUUCUCCAUGCUGAGAUUACCCGAGUGCCAACUCCGCGUAACGGGGAGCGUGCAGAUGAGAAUUACGUGCGAGUGUAUGCCCACUGCACACCAACCAAUCGUAGCGGCUACGACGCAGGUGCAGUGACCCUAAUCGUGCUGAAUAUGCAUAAGACCGAGUCGGCCAACAUCACGUUGAUGCAGAAGCUGGAAGGGCAAAUGACAGACCAGUAUUUGCUGACGCCACAUGGGCCAGAAGGAAUGACGUCACUGGAAGUGAGCCUGAACGGACAACUCCUCCAGCUGAGGAACAGCACCAUCCUUCCUAAGAUAGAACCGAUCCCACUCAAAGGUGGAAGACCCAUACUUCUGCCUCCCCUGUCCUAUGGGUUCUACGUAGUCGCCAAGGCUAACGCCAGAGCGUGUAUGCUGUAGUGGGUAAAGGUCAUUAAUCAAACACGCCGGUUAAUCAUCUAGUGUAGAUUAGAGUAAAUCUUUAAGUCCUUGUUAAUUACCAGUGGACUGGGUUGUUAUUAUUAUACCGGUGUGCUGUCGCCGUUGUUGUUCUGUUGUAUCGACCUAUAGCUCGAUGAAAAUGACAUCAGUAUUUACAAAAAAAUUACCGGCGGGUUCAUAUUGCAUAUCAACGCACUAAGUUUGGAUCUUUAAUUGGUGCAUGAUUCUUUUCUCACAAAACUUUGCAUUUAAAUUAAUUAAUUAAACUCGCAAAAUUUCCAAUUUAGAUUUAGUUCGUUGUUUGAAAUGGUCCUUAAAAUUCUCUUUUGUUUUCACUUCUGAUAUUUUUACUGUUUCCACUGUUGCUUAUCUUACGAAUAGAAGUAAAGUGUUUGUUGUUUGUGGUGUCGAAUCUA